AUAAAUCCCAGCCCAAUUAUUUGAUCCAAACUACAGAGUGCGACAAAAAUAGGCCCAACGUCUGACAUGAACUGAGAAACCCGACUCGAAGUCUCGAACUGUUGAAACACUGAAACUGACCUCAAAACCCCCCAAGUAGGGUUUAAGCGUCUCUACAGGAAAGCAACUGUCCGUUCUGGGUUUUUUUUUCCAUCAUAAUUCAGCUUCACAUCAAAUUCAAUGGCGGGGAAAAAGAAAGGUUUAGUUGAUUUGGGUUUAAUUCCUUGAUGCUUAAGUUUUGUGGAUUUUUCAAAUUUUAACUUGAUUCCCCCUUUUCUGGACCGAUGAAAAGUUUGGGUUUCUUUUUUUAAUUUUUGGAUGCAGCCAAGAAAGCUGAAAUGGAAAUCCCCGACAGUGAAGAGGAUAGGGGCAUUGCAAAAAAGGGGAAGUCUGGGCCGAAGAAGAAGAAGAAGAAAGCUAAAGAGCAUGUGGAGCAAUUGCAAAGGCUUGCAGAAAAGGAUCCAGAGUUCUACGAGUACCUGAAACAGACCAAUGAAGACCUUUUGCACUUUGACGCUACAGAAUUUGAUGAUGAUGCUGAAACUGAUGUUGACAGUGAAGAAAUAGAAGAAGAUGAUGCUGAAACUGAUAUUGAUAGUGAAGAAAUAGAAGAAGGUGAUGCUGAAAGUGAUGUUGAUAGUGAAGAAAUAGAAGAAGGUGAUGCUGAAACGGAAGUUGGUAGUGAAGAAAUAGAAGAAGAUGAUGCAGAAGAUGAAUCCCAAACUGGGGUUGGUGAUUUUGAGUCUGAAGAAGAUGGCUCUUUUAAAAAUGUCAUUACCACCGCCAUGGUUAAUUCUUGGUGCAAGUCCAUCCAAGAAAAGACAAGUUUGGGUGCAGUUCGUUCUCUUAUGAAGGCCUUUCGCAUUGCUUGCCACUAUGGAGAUGAAGGAGGUGAUGAUUCUGUUCAUAAGUUAGGUGUGAUGUCUAGCAAAGUUUUCAACCAGGUAAUGCUUUUUGUGUUAACUGAAAUGGAUGGAAUUCUUCGAGGACUUUUGAAACUAUCCCAUUCUGGCACAAACAAGGAGACAGUCUUGAAGCUGAUGAAAACAAAACUGUGGAAGAACCACAGCCACUUGGUGCAGUCAUAUCUUGGAAAUUCUCUACAUAUUUUGAACCAAAUGACGGACACAACGAUGGUAACUUUUACUUUGCGAAGGCUCACAUAUUCAUCUGUACUUCUAGCGGCAUUUCCUGCUCUGCUGAGGAAGUAUGUAAAGGUUGCUGUUCAUUUUUGGGGUACUGGUGGAGGAAAUCUAUCUGCUGUGGCUCUUUUGUUUUUGAUGAAUUUGUGUGUCAAUUUUGGUUCCGACUGCAUUGAUGACUGCUUCAAAGGAUUGUACAAAGCAUAUGUCUUAAACUCCCAGUAUGUCACAGAAACAAAGCUUCAGGACAUUCAGUUUCUUCGUAAUUGUUUCACUAAAUUACUAAAAGUGGACCUUGGGGCUGCUUAUCAGCAUGCUUUCAUUUUCAUUCGUCAGUUAGCUAUGAUUUUGAAUGAGAAUUUCGCCAGGAGGAAGAAGAACAAUUCCUUGAAGGAGAUAUUUAGAAAGGUUUACAGCUGGAAAUUUAUGAACUGUCUCGAGCUGUGGACAGGUGCAGUCUGUGCUUACAGUUCCGAAGGCCAUCUUAAGCCUCUUGCUUAUCCGCUUGCUCAGAUUAUUACCGGAACAGCUCGUUUAGUUCCUACUGCUCAGUAUUUCCCCCUCAGAUUGUGGUGCAUCAGGAUGCUAAAUAGAAUUGCCGCUUCCACUGAUACAUUCAUACCUGUUGCUAUCCUGCUUUUGGACAUGUUAGAUAUUAAGGAAUUGCAUAGGCCACCUACUGGAGGAAUUGGUGAAGCUGUUGACUUCCGUACCGUGUUGAAGGUUAAAAAGUCUGCCCUAAAGACGAGGGCCUUCCAGGAGGCAUGUGUUUCUUCUGUGAUUGAAGAGCUUACUGAGCAUUUAGCCAAAUGGAGCUACUCUGCUGCUUUUUAUGAGCUAUCAUUUGUUCCUGCUGUUCGGUUACAGAAGUUCAGUAAAUCAACAAAAGUUGAGAGGUUUCGUAAAGAAAUCAAACAACUGAUCCAUCAGAUUGAAGCCAACUGUGAGUUUACAAAUAAGAAACGUAUGUCUGUCUCAUAUCUACCAAAUGAUCAAGAAGCGGCAUCUUUUCUUGAGGUUGAGAAAAAGAUGGGUUGUAGUCCGCUGUCUCAGUAUGCUGCUGUUUUACGGCAGAAAUCACAACAACUAAGUGAUUCAAUUACCAAAUCCAGUGUAAUCGUGAGUGAAAAAACCUCAAUGUUUUCGGAUAAGAUAGUAGAUGAAGAAGAAAAAGAAGAAGAUAAGAUAGCCGCAAAAGAGGAAGGUGCAUCUAUCUUCAGUUCGUCUUGGCUGCCAGGAAGUGAUUCCAAGUAUGUAUCACCAUUUCUCUCUCUACAGAAGACAUUACUCUGUGUUUACUUAAUUUGUCGGAGUUUGUUUUUUUGCAGGGCAUCGAAUUCGAAAAGGGAGAAGGAAAAGGAAAAGAAGAACAAUAACAAGAAGAGAAAGAGGACUCAAGAAGAAGAGGCAGCUGCCGAUGAAGAUGUGGUGGAAGACUUGAUCCUUAGUUCCGAUGAAGACGAAGAAGACGAAGGAGGGGACACGAGGGAUUUCCUUCAAGACGAAGACGAUGAUGAAGAAAAGCCUGUAACUACAAAAAAGAUGAGCAAGAAGCAGGAUCCUUCAGCAGGGUUGUCAGGUCAACCAAAUAAGAAAAGCAAGUUCCAUGCAAGAAAAUCUAAAAACAAAAAGAGAAGAAAUUGAUGACAAGUAGGCAAACGGAUUCUUAUUACUAUCUUAUUAAUGAUAAUGAUCAAUUAAAAACUAUAUAAAAUCCAUUUGUUCUUUCCCUCAGCUGUUUCACCAAAGUAACUAAUAAUAGUUCAUCAAAAUUAUUGCUAAUUUGCUAUUGCCCUUUAAAUUUCUUGGUACAAGGUUUGAAACUAGUACUUCUUUAUCACUUUAGAAGUUUGUAUCAAAUGGUACAAAAGUUAUUUAGGCAUUACCUCGUGUUAUUAUGAAAAGAGGGUCAGCCACAAAAGUCAGGAUUCAUCUAUUUUUAAUCAAAGUCAUGUUUAAAUUGUGUUUUAGUUACAUAGUUAUUUUAAUAUCUUUUUUGUUUUCACGGAUUUAUCAAGGUGCUCAAAACUUUUUUAACUAUUCUUUCCGUCUUAAAAAAAGGUCUAUAUUAAAUUUUGGGUUUUAUAUUGUUUUUAGUACGAAUUUGUAAAUUCAAUGUUGAUUAUUUUUUUGGGAUGGAUGUAAUAAUAUUUAGCAAAAUUCACAUAUAAUCAUACAAGGAAAAAAAGAGCAAGAAUCAGAAUUUCAAACUAUAUACAAAAUGCUGUAAACUCAC